GUAUAUAAGUAAAUUCUUUGACCGACGAGAGUGCAUCCGUCAAAAUGGCUUGUGGGAUAUUAAUCCUUCUUAUUGCAGCGAUUGCUGUAUCUACUAAUGGGUAUGGAAGUAGUGACUAUUAUCCUGAUAAAGACGACUAUAGCUACAAAGGUGUCAACUCAUACAGCUACAAACCCAAACUAGUUAAAUCAAGUUCAUACUCCAGCUCAAGCUAUGUUUCUCACGGUCAUCAUGCCGGUUAUGCUGGGCACAAACUUAUUACUGGACAUGCCUACAGAUUUAAAGUCAGUCAUAUAUUCAGACGUUUCCAUAGACUUGGAGUUGAACUUAUCGGACGUGGAAUCAGAUAUAAUGGAUUCUACUAUGGACGUCUUUGCAGUGCAACAAAACUGUACGGUGCACUAAAUUCCUGUUAUGACGAUUAUGGUGAUAUAAGCGAUUGUUUCCCUGGUCUGAUUAAACAAGGGUUGAUUGGUAGACGUCACAUUUACCAUAAAUAUGGUCAUGGAUUUGGCCUAGGUGUAACCUUUGUAAAGAGAGGCAUUGUCUAUGGAAGAUCCUUUUACAAAUUUGGAUGCCGUCGACCAAAGUUCAUCCGUUAUAUGACUUCCUGCUACAAUAAGAUACAUCAUGCAAGCACUUGCGUGUCAUUGUUGAGAAAACGACAUCUUAUUAGAACACCUCAUUCAUAUCAUGGUCAUAUGCACCUUGCCGGGUACUCACGUUUCCGAAGAUUUACGAUUUCCCAUGGGAGAUUCAGAUACGGAGGAAAAUAUUACAAACUGAGCUGCAGUAAGAGACGUUUCUACAGUUAUUGGAACAGAUGUUAUGGUCGAUACCACAGUGUUGGUAGAUGUUUUGGAUACCUUAGAAGGAAACAUCUGUUUUCAUAUUAUAAUGCAGGUUACUCCAGUGCAGGAUAUAGAGCUGGUUACGGCGGUGGAAUUACAUAUGACUAUGGUUAUUACAAGAGCCAUCAUGGAUUUGCAAUUGUAAAUAAUAGAUUUACAUACGGCGGAAUUGUAUAUCAACUGAAGUGCGCAAGAAGCCGAUUUUACACUCUUUGGGGUCAAUGCUAUCACCGAUAUCACAGUGUAGGAAGCUGCUUUGGACGACUGAGACGACAACAUCUAUUCUAUAAAUACGGUGGAGACGAUUAUUCCGUAGUUGAUGGUGAUGCAUAUGGAUCCGAUUACGGUUCCGGGCCGAUAUUUGACCAUAGUUAUUACAGUAGCCAUCAUGGAUUCGCUAUAAGACAUCAUAGAUUUUCAUAUAAUGGAAUUGCAUACAAACUUAAAUGUAGUAGAAGCCGAUUCUACAGACUAUGGGGUCAAUGCUACCAUCGUUAUCAUAGUGUAGGGACAUGCUUUGGACGACUAAGAAGUCAUCAUCUCUUCUAUAGAUACAUUGGAGACACUCAUGCUAUUCUGAAUAAGCACCUGUAUCUUCACAAAACAAUUGCAAAUAACCAUGUAAAAAGAAUCCAUAAUGUAGCCAAGACGCAUGUCGCGAGAAUAUCCCAUGUAGCACACAAACAUGUUGUCAACAUUCAACACCAGGCUAACAAACACGUUAGCAGAAUUGCAAACGAAGCUAAUAGUCACAUUAAUAGAUUCAAACAAUUGGUAGAUUACCAUCUUAAACGACUCCACAAGCACACCAAAUACCAUUUGUCAGCUGCUGAACAUCAACACAAGAAGCACUUGAAUGAACGCCAGUAUCAGAACAACAAACAUGAGUUAAACGUGAGACAUCUCCAUAACAAACACGAAUACAAUCUCAAGAAACAUGCAAUCGCUUAUGCCCAUGGACACGUCCUCGUCCACGGUCAUGGACACGGGCUUGUAGUAAGUUAUAAUGACUACUUUACGAAAUAUCAUGGAUUUAAACUGGAUCAUCACAGAUUUUCAUAUGGUGGCAAAGCAUACCAACUGACAUGUGGAGAUAAACGAUUCUAUAAUUAUUGGAGUGAUUGCUAUUCACAUUAUCAUAGCAGAAGCGUAUGCUUUGGAAAACUAAGGAAAAGGCACCUGUUUGAUGUAUACUCCGACGGAUAUGAUGAGGAGGAUGAUUAUGUACAAGCAGGAAAAUCAGCAUACUAAUGAUUACCUCUAUAUUGUAUAUGGAAAUAUGAAAUGAAAUUAAUAAAACUUUAUAUGAUUUA